GCCCAAAAGUCCUGCGACUCGAGUGUGCAGGUUCAGUGCCUCGAUAACUGAGAGCACGAGAGAAACGUGAGUGCAACUUGAACAUCUAAAGUGUGCGAGAAAGAGAGAGUGAGAGCGAGAGAGCGACAAGGAGAGAACGGGAGUGAGCGAGCGAACAGCUGUACAGGGCGGACGCAGCUAGCGGAUCUGUUACAGUUCGCUUGAGAGCUUGAGAGCAUAUGCUGAGGUGUACUUGGUAAGCGUCUGGGUAGCCAUAAAUUGAAGUCAACUGCAUAAUCUAAAUUGAUCGCUAAAGAAGAAGAAGAGGUAGAAGAGAAGUUGAAGAUGGCGCUACGUUUGCGUCGGGACGUACAGAAGGCCUCCUACUAUGUGUGGUUCCUGGGCGCCGAGGAGGCGAAGGGAUUGCGGGGCGCCCGCGUCAUUAACUCAGUGCUGCCGUAUCUGGUGGACAGAUCACGGGGCCAGGAGCCGCUCAAGGUGACGCUCCAGGUCUCGCACAAAGGCAUCAAAAUCGUGCAGGGCUCGUCGAAGCAUUUAAUACCACACAGUGCCAUAACCAGCUCCGUGCAAACCGAUGACAUCGUUGCCUGUGUUUUGCUCCUCUACAAUCCGGCCACCAAAUGCCCCUUGCAUGUGCACGCCUACCGUUGCGACUCGGAGACAACGGCCGAGGCGUUGCACCUACAACUACAAAUCCUAAUCAAUCGGCCCGACAAUCAGAAGCGCUUUGAGGAGCUCGAGACCAGAUUGGGCAUUUUGCCACCGCUGCCCGCUGGCGGGCCUCUGGGUCACAAUGGAGGCAGCAGCAGCAGCAGCCACAGCGGCGGCGACAAGCGCCACGAUUCUGGCCACAAGUCGUCGCACCAUCAGUCACAACAGCAGCUGCACUCGAGCGGCGGCUAUUCGCAGCAGCAGCAGCGCCGCCACGAAACGUCGCCGAAGCGCUUCAGCAGCUCCUUGGGCAGCGACACGGGCAAUAGCACGCGGGAGUCCGAGUGCAGCGAGGAGCACGGCCUGGCCGGCUCACCAGUCUCCCGCUCGCCGCCACAUGGCGGCAGCAGCAGCAGCACCGGCAAGCAUCACCACGGUUCGCAUCAUCCACAUGGCCUUCCGCACGGCCAUCCGCCACUGACGCCACAGCAGAACAGCGAUCUGUUCGACUCGCUGGCCGCCGAGCUGCGCGCCAAGCUGAAUGGGAACGGACCGCCGUUGCUGUUGCCGCCGCGCGACUACGACACAGUGCAUCGCUCCAAGGGCAAUCUAACGGCAAUCGAGCUGCGACGCUGUCGCAAUGCGCUCAUUGUGGGCGGCGCGGGCACGCCCAAGGGCCAGGUGUCGCCUGGCACAGGACCAGCAGCACCAGUGAGCGCUGUGCCCGCCACGACGGCCAAUGGCAAGCAGGUCUCGUCGCGCGGCUCCUCGGGCAUUGGAUCGGAUCUGGCGCCCAGUCCGGAGCGACAGGAGCUGAAUAGCUCAAGUGACGACGAGCACUGGUCGAAUGAGGCGGACAACUCGGUGAUUGCGCUGAAGCCGUCACAAAUCGCGCUCUCCCAUCAUGCGCAGCUGAAGCGUAAGAGCGCUGUGCAGCCGCCGGAGGAUAGCUAUCUGCGGGAUCUGCCGGCCAAGCCGUAUGUGCCGAGGCAGAGCGAACGCGUCAAGACGCCGGCAGCGCCAUCGAACAGCAAGUCGUGGUCGCGCGAGGACGAGAUCAAGCCGAUCAUCAUGCGACCCGCUGACUACGAUGCGAAAUUCAAUCGGGUGAUGCAGCUGGAGCCGCAGCCGGCCAAGCAUGAGGCGGCGGCCAAGCUGCGCGACACCGACAAAUACAACGAGAUCAAUCGCUUGCUGAACAAGAAGCUGUCCGGCCACGAUCGGGAUCGGCUCAAGGAGCGUUCACUGCACGACGACGAUCUGGACGACUUCGAUGACUCGGAUCCGUGCAGUGACCCGCCGCAGAAGCCGCUGCCCGUUGCCAGCUAUCGCAAGGAGAACCUGACGGACAAGCAAAAGUUCAUGGAAUACGCGUCCAAGAAGCAGCAGCAGCAGCAGCAGCAGCAGCUCAAGUCCUACGCAGCCGAGGAGGCGCAGCGCUAUGGCGGCAGUCGCCAUCGCUAUGUGGAUCCCGCCGAGCUGCCGUUCGAGCAGCUGCCGCCAGUGCCGGCGCACAACAAAUAUGCGGCCGUGCAUCGCGGCGCAGAGCCGACGCGCAGCAGCAACAGCGUCGGCGGCGGCAGCAGCAGCCACAUCAACGGCAGCAAUCCAGAUCGACUACGGGAGCGCCAUGACAGAGACAGAGAGCGCGAUAGAGAGCGAGAGCGGGAGAGGGAGAGGGAAAGGGAGCGCGAUAGAGAUCACGAACAUUCCAGGGAUCGCAAUCCAUACCGCGAGGCAGAGAGCCUGCCCUACAUCCAGAGCAUGGAGAAGAUGAUGAAGUCGACGGGCAUGCGCUACGGCGAGGAGCCGCCACGCAAGCCCAGCAGCCGGGAUAGCCGCGACUACGUGCGGGAGUAUCCGGCUGCGGCCAGCAGUCAGGUGUCGCCGAGCGAUCGCUUCCACGAUGCCAAGGACAAGUUCCGGGCCAUGGAGCGCACCGGCGGCAGUCGCUAUGACCUGGACGAGCGCGACAGCGGCAACGGAGUCGCACCGGUGGCGCCCACAGCCGACUACAGAUCAUCGUCGCGUCGGCGACGCGGCUCCGUGGAGCCGCCCAGCUACGAUCAGUGGAGCGACGAGGAGGAGGAGCCCGAGCAGCAGCUGCCCGUGCCAGUGCAGCAGCCGGAGCCGAUGAUGAGUCGUUCGCGUGCUCGCUCGCGCGACCACUGGGAACAAGAGCAGCAGCAUCACGUCAGCAAUGGUGGCAACAUGCGCCACGGCCAUGAGCGGGAGCGGCGCGAGCGGGACUAUCCCAUGCGACGCGGCGACGAUAUGCGAGAGCCGCCACACGAUGGCUAUCGUCUGGAACGCGAGAGGGAAAGGGAGCGGGAGCGUGAGCGUGAGCGAGAGAGAGAAAGGGAGCGGGAGAGGGAGCGAGAGCGAGAGCGUGAGCGUGAACGGGACCGAGAUCGAGAGCGAGAACGGGAUCGCCAUCAGUCGCAGUCGCGCCAUCAGAUGCGGGCACGCUCGCGAGAGUACAUGCAGCCGACGGAGUCGGUGCCGCCCGUGGCCAAGUCCAGUUCGUCGCGCCUAAGCCAUCAUGCCGAGCGCUAUCCGUCGCCGGCGCCGACGCCCAACAGCGGCAACAGCGGCAGCUCCAGCUCGGGCAAGCCGCUGGCCAGCAUGCCCAAGGGCUAUCGGCACAGCUAUGCGGAGCCCGUGUUCGCGCGCUCCGGCGGACGCGUGGGCCUCGCUGCAGUCAAUCCCUACUGAUAACAAACGACAACAGCAACAACAACGACAACAAUAAUAUUGCUUAAUGAACAUACUCAAUAACUGUACAUUACACACACACACAGACACACUCACACAAACACACACAAAAGUGGGCGAAUCCCCAUGCGGGGGGAUGAGCAGCAGCCACGAUCCAAGCGCCACAAAGCAGCGGGGCACCAAGUGCUUCGGCGGUCAGCGCCUGUAAUUAUGUGCCUUCAAAAUAUGUUUUAUAUCAGUGCAGAUGCAUGUAUAUACAUAUACAUAUAUACGUACACAUAUACAUAUGUAUCCAUGUAUAUCGAUGACUAUAUAAUGCAUGUAUAUUUUUUAUUUAGCUAAACAAAAGAAAACAAAAACAAAAACAAAAAACGAAACGCGAACAAUCACAGUUGAUAUAUGCAUUUUUUUUUUUUCAUAGCCCUAAGUCGUGCGGUUGGUUGAUAUAUAAAUAUAUGAUAUAUUUACAUAUAUAUGUAUACUAUACACAUAUAUAUGUAUACUUUUUUUUUGUAAUCAACUUAAUAUUCGAUACGUGUAUGCAUAAUAAACGUAUAUAGCUGAUGUAUCUAUUGUUAUCAAUUUGAUAUUUACAUUAAUAAAGCGCUAGAAAAAAAUCUAA